AUGGGAAAUGGCACAAAAGGUCCUCUUGUUCAAAAUAAGACAGGUUGCGUCAUCUCCAAUUCUGUCUCCACUCACCAUGAGAUGCUCACCAGACAGCUAAAAGAUCGCGUCAAGAGACGCAGUGAAGUAUUUCGUAUUGUUGUACUCCUGGUGAAGAUCAACUCAUGGCCUCAACUGCAUCUCCCCAGCAAGAAAGUGAUGUUACUACUACACCCACUCGAUCUGGAAACUUUGGUCAAUUUCCAGUUGGUAGGAUCCUAUGAACCAAGUUUGGUCAAUUUCAUGGCUGUGAAGGCCAAUUUCAGAGGUUGA